AUGGCAUCUCGACUCAUCCGCUUUCCGUGGCCCAUGAACGUUGGGACCGAUAUCUGCCAGGUAUCGCGAAUCCAAACCAUCUUAUCCUGCCCUACCGGCCGCGGUCGACACUUAGUGCGGAGGAUCCUGUGUGAAGAAGAGCUGAAAAGGCCUAGCUCCAAGUUGAAGCCAUACCUGCGUGCUGUGCUAAAGUUUGCAAAGGAGCAUGACACGCUGAAGCAGCAGGGCAAGGAGAUCGAGGGGUUCGGUCAUGGUCAUGGUAAACGGCUUGAACACAAGUGGAAAAGUCAGGGUGUUGAUCUGGGUGAGGUAGCUGCUUUUAUGGCUGGGAGGUUCGCAGCAAAAGAAGCAGCCAUCAAAGCUCAUCCCCAUCGUCACUUGACCUUUCACGACAUCAUCAUCACCAAGGCAGCAGAGCUGGACCAGAUUGAGAGGGAACUCCUACAGCAAGGACUUCCUUCUACUGAGUCGUCUUCCUCUUCCGCUUCCGGUUCCGGUUCUAAAACCUUCACCGGCUCAACAACCGGCCCCACGACUAAAGUCGAUCCCAAAAACAUCAUUCCCGAAGACAGACUCUUCGACCAGCAGCUCGAGACCAUCGAACAACGUCAUCACGUCUUUGAGGGAUCUUCCAAGGGACCGACCACGCCCGUGGAUAAGGACGAUAUCAUGCCCGAGGACGAAGUGUUCGAUUACAAGCUGGAAACGGACAAGCCAGGUGGAUACGAUAGACCCAAGAGCAAAAGCUUCGCCGGUUCUACCAAGGGACCGACUACGCCUGUGGAUCCAAGAGAUGUAAUGCCAGAGGAUCGGGUGUUUGACUAUAAGCUGGAAACCGACAAGCCCAAUGGUAGCAAUGGCAAACCUCGAAUCUUCACCGGCUCAACAACCGGCCCUACCACCCCCGUCGACACAAGCGAUGUCAUUCCCGAAGACCAAGUGUUCGACUACCAUCUCGAGACCGACAAACCUAACGGCAGCAAUGGCAGUACUCAAAGCAGGAGCUUCACCGGCUCGACGACCGGCCCUACCACUCCUGUGGAUCCGAGAGAUGUGAUGCCCGAGGAUAGGGUAUUCGACUACAAGCUAGAAACCGAUAAGCCAGACUCCGAGUCAAACUCGGGCGCAAAUGAUACCACGCUGGCAAGGAGGAGAACAACAGUACCGCAGGAAGCAGCGCCGGGUAGAGCUAGGUUGGGGAGUGGACCGCCUGUUGCUAUCAUUAGAGGGGCUAAAGAGGGGGCAGGUGGUGACGAGAAUCACCAGGUGGCGCUAAUUAGUAUCAGUCAUGAUGGGGAUUAUGCCACGGCCACUUGCGUGGGGUUUGAUGCGGGCAGUAUGGUGAAGGGGGGGUUGGGUUGGAUGGUUUCUAGGUGA